AUGGAUCGUCGGUGCUCUCAAUCGGUCAGGACGCUGGUUUUCGACGAUUCAGACUCUGAUCCACCAAAAAGGGACCAGAAGAAGAAUCUGUCGACGUCCGUUGCUCCGCCUUCGUUGAACCAGAGCGCUGAAGAUGCGAGCAAGCGCAGCAACUUGGUGCGCAUGCGUCGAUCGGCGCUCGGGAAGUCGGCACCGACUCUCUCCGUCCACGUGAAGGAGCCAUGUGCUGUUUCGAGGCGACCAUCCCGGUUACCACCACCACCACCACACCACCGGCUCUCUCUUGUGGUGGGUUCGGGGAGAUGCAGUUCGCCCGGCACGGGGCCCCUGUCGCCAGCAGAGGGGCCCCGUUGGCACGCUCAUCACGCCCAUCCGUUGCAUCAUGCUUUGCUGUCUUCUAGCGUCAAACGGGGGAAGGAUCUAGAUGGCAGACGAUGGUCCGUUGCUUCUCUGCCCUCGUCCGGUUAUGGCACUACACCGGGGAGUUCGAGCCUUUCGUCACAAUGCUCUUCGCAAGAACGUCUGCUGGCUGUACAGGCGGCGUGCGAACCCCCGCCGCGCGCGCAUUGCCCCCACUGCCACCAGCAUCAGAAUUCGCUCAACAGUUCGCAAGGCAGCGGUAUGAAUUGGGCGUCUUUAUCAGAUAGCGGAGGCAGUGGCCCCGGCCCCCGCCCUGUCUCACCUCCGCAUUCGCCGUCACCAAGAAAUAUACCGCGACGCGUGCGCAGUCGAAGUCUUAGUUCGCCAUCUCGUUCGCCUGGAGGUGGGAGCGUCGGGUCGGACGGGUCACGCGAAGAUGCUGUUACCGCCAUGUCAGCGUUAUUCGCAGCCAGGUUUCCAGCCGCACAGCGUGCUAUGAACGAUAAGUUGCGAUCUCUAAUAGACGAACUUACAGAAUUGGAUAAGAAACCAGACAGGCCGCCUAUCGAGAGAUUCGUACAACGACAGGUGUUGGAAAUGGCCCGGGAUUGUCUGCACAAGUCUGAAUCGAAGCAAGUGACAAGUAGUUACUUCUAUGAUAUGGCUGAUAGCUUGGAUCGACUUCUAGCUGAGACUCGAGAGAAAUCAGCCGAAGCGGGUGGCAGAGUGGCUCCUCUUGUGACGCGGCUUACGCUGGCGAUGGCGCGUCCAGCGAGAUUACUCGAAUGCCUAGAGUUCGAUCCCGAGCGGUUCUAUAGACUGCUGGAAGUAGCCGAAGGACAUGCGCGGCAAUUACAGGGUGUUUCAACAGACAUCCCUCAGUAUAUAAUUCACAAGUUGGGACUGUCUAAGGACCCGCUUGUAGAGUUAUCUGUGCCGCCUCCCCCACCGCCACCACAAAAUUCAUCACCGUCCAAGUUACGCGGACGUUCGUCUCCCCCAGGUGGGAUCGGGGGCAGUGCCCCAUCAGAGAACGACUAUCAAGUGAUAAAGCUGAUCUCCAAUGGAGCAUAUGGGGCUGUAUAUCUUGUCAAACACAAGCAAACCCGACAAAGGUAUGCAAUGAAAAAGAUUAGCAAGAACAAUUUAAUACUACGGAACCAAGUGGAACAGGCGUUCGCCGAGCGUGAUAUAUUAAGUUUUGCUGACAAUCCAUUUGUGGUGACAAUGUAUUGCUCGUUCGAGACAAAACGUCAUCUCUGCCUCAUACUCGAAUUCGUGGAGGGCGGAGACUGCGCCACGCUGCUGAGGGCUGGACCACUACCCCCUGACAUGGCGAGGCACUACUUCGCGGAAGCGGUGCUGGCCGUGGAAUAUCUACACUCAUAUGGGAUCGUGCACAGAGACCUUAAACCCGAUAACCUACUCAUCACAGCAACUGGUCACAUCAAGCUCACUGACUUUGGACUCAGCAAAAUGGGUCUCAUGUCAUUGGCUACUAAUCUCUACGAAGAGUAUGCUGAUCGCGAAGCACGCCAAUUCUCUGAUAAGCAGGUCUGCGGGACUCCAGAGUACAUCGCGCCCGAGGUCAUACUCCGACAGGGGUAUGGGAAGCCGGUGGAUUGGUGGUCGAUGGGCAUCAUCCUCUAUGAGUUUUUGGUCGGCUGCGUGCCAUUUUUUGGUGACACACCUGAGGAGCUGUUCGCGCAUACUGUCAAUGACGACAUAGAGUGGCCGUCUGAAGACGACUUUCCGAUCGCGGUGGAAGCGAGAGCGAUCAUCACGGAGCUGCUCGCGCGAAACCCCAGGGACCGACUCGGGACUGGUGGCACUCACCAAGUUAAGGAACACAUAUAUUUCUACGGACUAGACUGGAACAAUUUACUCCGUCGGAAAGCUGAGUUCAUACCGCAGCUGGAAAACGAUGAGGACACCAGCUAUUUUGACAGCCGCUGUGAUCGUUACAACCAUAGCGAAGUGGAGACCGAUGAGCAAGAGGGCGAGACGACUGCCACAGCGGAGGGGGGAGCGGGGGGAGAAGAGGCGGGGCUAUUCGCUGCCUUCUCCUCUACUUCCCCACAAUGGAGACGACAUUAUCACUCGCACUCGUCGCGGGUGAGUAUCGAGAGCACGGACAGCUGGCCAGGGACGCCAGACAGCGCUGGUCCUCCCAGCACUCCUACAGCACCUCCGCCCACUUCACACCAUCAUCCAAAAUGUCCGAUGAUAUCCGCGAACUCAGCAGAAUCAUCACAGACCGACUCUGAUGAUGUGUCACCCGCUGCGCGUCGACGUGUAGCUCUACGUCCAACUCCAUUGGCUCAUUCACAUUCCACCCACGCGGCACAUCUUCACUCUCACUCUCAUUUGACGCACGGACCGUCAACUCUUGCGCAGCCAACGCUGCAGACACAGUUGCAUCCUGCCUUGUUGCCCAAGCCGUCCGAGAGUAAGAAAGAGAAAGAAGAUAAGUCGUUCGAUAAAGUUGACAAAGCAGACCGAGAUAAAAGCAAACCUAUUGCGCUGUCUGCUCCGAAAUCUAUGCGGCGGUCCGCUAGUACUUCCGGGCUUUCACUCGUUAUUCAUCCCGCAGAAGAUAGUAUAAUAAGCAUGGGUGGGGGAUCGCCAUGUGCCGGCAACACAUCGUCGACGAAUUCAUCGCGAGAUUCGUCGCCGUGCCGCGACCCUCCGUCGCCGUUUGCUAUAGCCAAUCACUCGUUGAUACAAUCAUCGAAACCGCCCAUUGUGGUACGGCGUGGUCCACGCGGUUUCGGAUUCACUAUACACACAGUGAGAGUGUACUACGGCGACACAGACUAUUACACUAUGCACCAUCUAGUAUCGGCCGUAAGCGAGCAAGGAGCUGCUUGGGCUGCUGGCCUUCGAGCUGGAGAUCUCAUCACACAACUCAACGGUGAAUCUGUUCAAGGCUUAUUACAUACUCAGGUUUUGAGAUUGCUCUUAGCGGCGCCACACGCUACUCUACGCGCGACGCCCUUAGAUCAGACUACAAUUCAGGCGGGCGGCCGUCGGCGUUCGGGCGGAAGACGCGCUUCUGCGCCGCCUAGACCACGCCCAAGACGACGCUGUUCUCUGUUUAGGCGGAUAUCAACUAAACGUGCCUCUCAAGAGAUGCAUCAGAUGGUCUCCGGUGGUAGCAGUGAAAGUUCUUCCCCCGCUCCACCAAGUGUACCCGCUAUGACGGAUGCGCCUUUGCACAAUACAGCAACUACACACUAUCAAAGACCCUCAUCCCUGCACGGCUUAAAGCACAAGCUAGGCGGAGGCGAAGUUCGUCGAGCGUCACUACAGCACAUGCCACUGUCGCCACUCGCUCGCACCCCCUCGCCCUCUCCACAACCUGUGCCGGCACCCGCUUCGCCGACCAGCCGCGGAUGUGAAGCCCGCAGUCCGUCGCCGCUCGCGACGCGGGAGUGUCGACGGGCAUGGCCACGGCGGGACCCUGCCUCCCCGCUUCUCAGGCGAGCGCUCUCUCCCGACAGGUUACACCCUCGCUCCGCUGAAGCGAAGUGUUCUAUAUCUCCAUUGUGCUGCGGCGGUGUAAGCACUAGCGGUACAACCACAGUAGCCACCACACGUCGUGCUGGAAGUUGGCGUGCUCCCGCCCCUGCGCCCCCUACCCCACCGCCCCCCGAUAAAGAGGAGCCUCUCUUGCCCCGGAUUGCGGAGGAAAAAGAUUCGCCGACACACCAUGCUGCUAGAUUACCCACUAGGACGCCAGCUAAACAGAGCACGCCGAGUAUCUUCACUUCUUCUCCGAAGGCCAGUUUGGACAAAUCCACUUUUGAUGGCAACGCGUCAUUUGCGUCGCUGUCGCUUUCUGAUGAGUCUUUCGUAGAUUCAAGUAUGGACACGUCUAAUAUCGAGAGCUCCAGGGAAAUACCAAUGUAUCUUACAGUAACGGAUAGCCGUUCCAGUACAGAUCCAAGCAUCACGGUCUCUGAUAUUAACAAAAAACUGUCCUUCACACAAGAGUCCUCUAGCAUCCCCGAAAUUCAAGUAAAGACUCGCAAGAAAUCGGACUCGAGUCUCAAAGAGGAAGACGUGAAAUCUAAAGACAAAUCGAAAUCAAAAGAAAGAGCCGAGCUGAAAAAACAAGAUUCUAUCAAGAAAGUCGAUAAAACAGAUACAAAAGAGCUUAAAAAGCAAGACUCCAUCAAGAAAAUUGAAAAAGCGGAAACAAAAGAAAAGGUACAAGAGACAAAAGAUGAAAAGAAAGAUAAAAUGGAGCGCAGUGGCUCAGUUAAAAGAGUCGAAUCGAGACAAGAGAAACAGGAACGAGAGAAAGAAACGAAGUUAGAGAAGUUAGAGAGACAGGAAAGAGAGAAAGAGUUGAAAUUGGAAAAACUUGAAAGGGAAAAGGAAAUGAAGGAAGCGAGGAAACAAGAGAAGCAAGAAAAAGCCGAGAAGAAACAAGAAAAGGAAGCUAAGAGAUCAGAGUCGUUGAAGAAAGAGUUUAAAAAACAAGAGUCGGUUGAGACGUUAAAGUCUCCAGAGGCAGAAACAAGUGAAGGUAGAAGUAAAAGCGUUGUAAGUAAGCUGCUCGGUGUCAUGGGACGGAAGAGAGACGACGAUGAGCACAAAGCGAAAAAGGACAAACACGCCAAGAAAAAGAACACAUCAAUACCCCAACCCCAAAUACUGCCCGGCAAGCAGAACGAUACAGGAAUGAGCACUGAUAAAUUUGAAAAAGAGGACGACAAGAAGGCCAAAAAAGGACGCGGGAGAGCCUCUAGUUCGUCGUCCGGGGAGAAGUGA